CACACACACACGCGCGCGCGCGAGCUCCCUUGCCCUCCAGUGCUCGCCCUGCCCCGCCCCGCUCUGCCUGCCUGCCUCGGCGGCUGUCUUGUCUAGGCGUCCCUCUCGGCGCGCCUGCCCGCCUGCCCCCGGCCCCGUGCGCCUGCAUGUCCGGAAGGGAGCCCGCCGCGCGGCGUGCGCGCAAUGUGUCCCCCCUGCUGUGGGUGGCGCAGGCCCUCGACCAACGCCGGUGGCUGCUGCCGGUGAUUGGCCUCGUCCUGCGGCUGGGCCUGGUUGCCUACGGUGAGUGGCAGGACCGCACCAUGGCCGUCCGGUUCACGGACAUCGACUACCAUGUUUUCACGGACGCCGCGCAGUUUGUGGCCGCCGGCGAGUCGCCCUACCAGCGGCUCACGUAUCGCUAUACGCCGCUGCUGGCCUGGCUGCUGCUGGUCAAUCCCCUGACCGGGUCCUUCCUGCCGGGGAAGGUGCUCUUUUCGCUGGUGGACCUGGCGGCCGGGGUGCUGCUCGGGCGGCUGCUGCUGGCCCGGCGCUCGGCCCUGGUCGGCCCCAACGCCGCCAAGACCCGCGCCGACCGGGAACUCCUGCUCGAGUACCUGUGUAACUGCCUGUGGAUGGUCAAUCCAUUCACCAUGACCAUCACGGCGCGCGGCAACUCCGAGGCCAUCACGGCCCUGCUGCUGGUGGGGUGCCUGUACCUGCUGGCGCGGCGACGCGUGGCCCUGGCCGCCAUGGUGUUCGGCCUGCUGGUGCACUUCCGCACCUACCCCAUCAUCUAUGCCAUCCCGCUGGCCCUGUCCAUCGAGGUGGCCGGGCCUGUGGUCUCGGCCAGCGGGGGCCGGCUCGCGCGCGCCAUCCGCUUCUGCCUGGCGCGCGAGCGCCUGCUCUUCGCGGCCAUCUCGGCCGGCACCUUCCUGGCUCUGACGGGCUUCUUCUAUCGACUCUAUGGGUAUCAGUUCCUGCACGACUCGCUGCUGUACCACCUGACCCGGCGCGACCAUCGGCACAACUUCUCCCUGUACUACUACUUCCUGUAUCAGACCAUCGGCAAUGUGGCCAGCUCCUCGGUGUAUGGGCUGCUGGCUUUCGUGCCGCAGCUGGUGGCCCUCGGGACCAUCGUGGCGGCCUUCCACCAGGACAUCGUGUUCUGCCUCUUCCUGCAGACGGUGGUCUUCGUGGCCUUCAACAAGGUCAUCACCUCGCAGUACUUCAUGUGGUACUUGACGCUCCUGCCGCUGGUGCUGCCCUUUGCGGCGGGCCUGCGCCGGCGCCCGCUGGCCGUCGGCCUGCCGGUGCUGGGGUUCUGGCUGGCCAGCCAGGGGGUGUGGCUGGCGGCCGCCUACGAACUGGAGUUCCUCGGCCAGCCGACCUUCGAGCGCCUGUGGAUCGGCGGGGCGCUGCUCUUCGCGGCCCAUGUCGCCCUGGUGGUGGUCAUGAUCCUGGGCCAGGCCCCGGCGCCGGGGCUCGCCGCGGCCAUGGAGGCCAGCGAGCGGGCCGCGAUCGACAAGCGGGACUGAUCAUGUGCCAAUGGUCGGUCCCGGCCGCAUGAUCCGGCGGCCGGCUGCCCCUCGGGGGGGGGGGGAACGGGGAGAAGCCCCCGCUCGCGGUAUUCGUGCGCCGCGCGCGGGGGCCGGGGCCGGGCUGACCGGCUUCUCUCCCGGCUGCGCUCUUUUGUCCGCGCAUGCCUCCGCCCCUGACUUGGCCCGACUCUCCCCGACGGGGGGGGGGGGGGGGUGU